AAAAAUUUGAAAGUAUUAUAUAACCCGAAAUAUUACAAAUUAAUAAUUAAACUUGAUACAUAUAAUGAUAAAUAAGGAAAGAUAACGAUCGAUAAAACGAAUCGAAUUAAGAAAAUUCGGAAAAUUGAAAAUAAAUUUAUUCUUAAAUAAAUGAAUAAAAAUAUAAUAAAUUAAUGUAAUUGUUUUGGCGUCAUCAUUAAAUCUUCCUAAGCAUAAAACAAUCUUAGAAACAGAAAAUUUAAACUCGUAAAAUUAAUAAAAACGAUUAAUUUUUUAAUUAAAUUUGCACGAAUGUAUUUUUCGAAACUUCGAGGGCACCUUAAACUUCGAAGCUUUGAAUAUUCGAAGUAAGCAAAAUGUAACAGCCCUAUAUUUUAUACACGUAACAUUAUAGAUAAUACACGCGCGUAUGCACACAUCCUGAAGCCUCUUUGAUUCGAUAUUUUUUUCCCCCUGCAGUGCCGCUUUUCGAUCUCUUUGUAGACGGAUUUGGCCCCACCACGGAGCGUAUAGAUAGGGCUGCAAAUAUGCAAUACGGUAUGGCCGUGAUACGGAGAGGGGCUCACGUCGUUCCGUUUUCCUCCGACCAAUCUCCUACAUGCGUAUAUACCGUGCACGCGCGUUCUUACACACUGUACGCAGGUGUACACGCGGCGUCCGCGAUACCGCAAUAUUCCCGGGGAAAAGAAGCCGGGCCCGCUCCUAGAACGUGUUUUCGCGUUACGUCGCGAGCAACAAUCGCUCGUAAUCUGCUAUUUUUUCUAAUUUCUUUAUCGUUUCGCAACAUUCGGAACAUGUAAUUUGAUAUGAAUACGAAACGUGCAUAGAUCUUCUGUAUGGAUCAGUGUCUGUUGUAAAUAAAAUCAACUCUGAAGCCUGAAUCUCCUCUUGAUUGCAAUCGUUUUUUCUUUCUUUUUUUUUUUUUUUUUGAGAAGCGUCGACGUCAAGUGAAUUUCAGCGGAAUAGGGAAAAACAUUUUUAUUUAAUCUUAGAGACUCGUAUUUUAAUCAGUGUACCGAAUAAAAGAACGAGGGACAAGAAAAAUGACGGCUACCGAGGAAACGGAGCCGUUGAUAUCCACGACGUCGGUGUCUUCCGUCAGUAAGACCCAAAGAGUCACUUAUCAUACGAUUUCCUUCGAAGGUAAUGAAAGAGAUGCGUUGCAUGGCGGAAGCUUGGAGAACACUUUUGACCUUAAACUGAUUUCGAGCCCGUCGACAGCCGCAGAUUGCAACAAUGAAAGUUUUGGCAACAAUAUUACGUACACGUGGAGCGACGUGAACGUGUAUUAUAGCGUGAAAAAUGAUAGAAUUUGGGAUCGGCUGACAUUCAAGACCAGAAAAUCCGUCGCGCAGAAACACAUAUUAAAAGAUGUAUGCGGAGUAGCGUAUCCCGGCGAACUGCUCGUAAUCAUGGGCGCGUCAGGCGCAGGCAAGACGACCUUGUUGAACACAUUGACGUUCCGUUCAGCACGCGGACUGUCCGCGUCCGGUCUGAUGGCCGCCAACGGCCAGAGGAUAUCGCCGGGCGUCCUCACCUCGAGGAUGGCUUACGUGCAGCAAGACGAUCUGUUCGUCGGCACGCUGACCGUGACGGAGCACCUAAUGUUCCAGGCGGCAGUGCGGAUGGAUCGGCAAAUCCCUCGUAAUCAGAGAAUUAAACGAGUUAACGAGGUCAUCGACGAGCUCGCCCUUUCGAAAUGUCGAAACACCGUGAUCGGGAUACCCGGCAGGGUGAAGGGCCUCUCGGGAGGCGAGAUGAAGAGGCUGUCCUUCGCCUCCGAGGUACUGACCGAUCCUCCGCUGAUGUUCUGCGACGAGCCGACGUCGGGCUUGGAUUCCUUCAUGGCUCAUCAGGUCGUUUCCAUUCUGAAAGCACUGGCGGCACGUGGUAAAACAAUCGUCGUCACUUUACAUCAGCCCUCCUCGGAGCUGUUCGCUCUGUUCGACAAGAUUCUGCUGAUGGCUGAGGGGAGAGUCGCCUUUAUGGGUACAGCCGCGCAAGCUUGUGCCUUCUUCAAAACCCUCGGUGCCACCUGUCCCAGCAAUUACAACCCUGCCGACUUCUUCGUGCAAGCGUUGGCCGUGGUGCCGGGGCGCGAGCUGACUUGCAGGCACGCAAUCGAAACGACGUGCGACACCUUCCGGAGAAGCGAAUACGGCGCGAACAUCGCCCUGCAGGCCGAGAUUGUACACGGCGAAUUCGAGGACACUCUCAAACGGUUCGAGCACUCCAAGAAUUCCGGCCGAGUUUACAAGGCGAGCUGGUGCGAACAAUUCCGCGCGGUUCUAUGGCGAUCCUGGCUGUCGGUGAUCAAGGAACCGAUCCUCAUUAAAGUCCGCUUUCUACAGACUAUCAUGGUCUCGCUGUUGAUCGGCGUCAUUUACUUCGGUCAGCGAGUAGAUCAGGACGGCGUGAUGAACAUCAACGGCGCUCUGUUUAUCUUCCUUACCAAUAUGACUUUCCAGAAUGUCUUCGCAGUCAUUAAUGUUUUCUGCGCUGAGUUGCCGAUAUUUCUUCGCGAGCACAAAAACGGCAUGUACCGCACCGACGUCUACUUCAUCUGCAAGACGCUGGCGGAAGCGCCGAUAUUCUUAGCGAUACCGCUGAUCUUCACCGCCAUCGUUUAUCCCAUGAUCGGCCUCUAUCCAGACGUAAAGCACUUCUUCGUCGCUGCCGCUGUAGUAGCCCUCGUGGCCAACGUAUCGACUUCAUUCGGCUAUUUGAUAUCUUGUAUCAGCAACGGAGUAUCUGUGGCGCUCUCCGUCGGUCCUCCAAUUAUAAUACCGUUCUUGCUCUUUGGCGGCUUUUUCCUAAAUACAGCGUCCAUACCGUCCUAUUUUGUGUGGUUCUCGUACCUAUCUUGGUUUCGUUACGGCAACGAGGCACUUUUGAUCAAUCAGUGGUCAGAUGUCGAUUCCAUAGCUUGCACCAGGAGCAACGUGACGUGUCCAAAAUCGGGGCGCACGAUUCUCCAAACCUUCAAUUUCAAAGAGGAGGACUUCUGGCUGGACUUCCUUUGCUUGUUCGCGCUUAUUGUCGCAUUUCGCUUCCUAGCAUUUCUUGCACUACUGUCAAAAACUUAUCGUUCAAAGUAGCUUCAUCGUCGUCUUUAGCCUGCAUCGUCAGACAACAAAGAAGUCUGUAAAAAGCAAUGGUUUGCUCUAAAGCUGUGUAAACUUUUAAUAAAAUUACGAUUUUAAUAAAAUUA